AUGUUCCACAUCAGAUUUGUGGAGGAUUAUUUGUGGAUGAUCUAUGAUGAGUGUACGCAGAAGCAGAAGGACUUCAAUGAGAAGCUCCGGGAUGGUGCGACUUCAGAUCAACUUCGGAAAAUGCGGGAGAACUUCCAAGCAGGCGGCGAGGACCGCAUGGCAGACAUGGAGAAGGAGUGGCAUGCUCAGUGCAAGGCCAUGUCCGAAGCGGAGGAGAAGAAAAAAGAGAUCCUUCCGCAGAGCAUUGACAUCCACACCUUGAAGCAUGUGCUCGAGUACGCGCAGGAGUGCAAGCGUGAGGGGAACCUCAAGUUCCAGGAGGGACUGUACGAAGAGGCACUUCACAUUUACUCGCAAGCGGACGACGCCAUGAAGAAGUGGAAGGUCGCCAAGCACUUGAAGAACGAGGAGAAGUGGAUGAAAGACUACCACCUGGCAUGCUUGAAGAACAAGGCACAAGCCGCGCUGAAGUUGGAGCUCUUCCAGACAGCCUUGGACGCCUCAGAAGCGGCACUUGCCAUUGAUUCCGAAGACCACAAAGCCUGGUACAGGAGAGUGCAAGCAGAAAAAGGCUUGGGAAGAUUCAAAGAGGCCGAGGACUCCCUUGCCAAGCUGGAGGAUGUCGCUCAGUGGUGCCCGGACAGGAGGCGGAUCCUGCGAGACUGCGAGGCAGAGAGGAAGAGGAUCAAGGUGGCGAGAGUGAAGCAUCGUCAGUCGACCCAGGAAAUGUUGGGCCGAGCUUUCGAGGCUGGCGUCUUCAGCAUUGACAGGGAUCGUGAGUUGGAGGAGGCAGCCAAGAAGCUCGAAGAACCACCAUCACAGGUGCAGGCAGUGACGACUGAGCAGAGGAAGAGCAUCGAGGCGCAAGCACGGCCGUUGGAGAGGAAGAUCCACUUGACAGCGGCACUGGCUGGAGACUUGAUGGACGAGCUGGCGGCGGCGUAUGGUCAGAAAUGGUUCCAGGAAAGGGUCCGCAAAUGUGCUCGAGACUCGGGUUUUGAACGCUCCGUCUUCUUGAUGCGCUUGAAGGAUGUGGCUUUUGAAGUUCAGAAGCCAGUGCUCGAAAAGUGGGGCUUCGAGGGCAACGAGCAGGGCGUCCGGGAGAUGACUGCCGCCAUCCGGGAACAUGCGGGCCGAACUGGCAAGGACAUGCCGCAGUGGCUGAAGGACAAGCAAGACAGGUGUUUAGAGCUUCUGUACGGCGGCCCGGAGGGGGGCAUGCUGGAAAUUCUGAAAUGA